AUGCCAAUCAAGGUUGGAGAUAAACUACCAGCGGUAGAUUUGUUUGAAAAUGAUCCAGGAACCAAAGUAAACACCAGUGAACUGUUUGGAAAGGGUAAAAGUGUCAUAUUUGCUGUGCCUGGGGCUUUUACACCAACAUGUAGCAAGGAUCAUCUACCAGGAUUUGUAAAUAAAGUAGAUGAGUUAAAAGCUAAAGGAGUCGAUCGUGUGGCAUGCAUUUCUGUCAAUGAUCCUUUUGUAAUGGCAGCUUGGGGGAAAAGUGCUAAUGCAGAUGGAAAGGUUAGGAUGCUAGCUGAUACAUGUGCUGAAUUUUCAAAGAAUGUCGAAUUAACAGUUGAUCGUAAAGAAAGAUUAGGAAAUAUUAGAUCUCAAAGAUAUGCUAUGGUUGUUAAAGAUGGAGUGGUAGAAGCCUUACAAUUAGAACCUGAUGGCACAGGCUUAUCUUGUAGUGCAGCUAAAGAUAUUUUAGCUCUAGUUUAA